ACGAUCCCUUAGGAUCCAACAUCCUCCCGCCAAACACCGAAUUAUCCCUAAAGGUUUAAGCUUUCACUCUCGCUCUCACCCCACACCCUCCCUUAAACCCUCAUCUCCGUCCACACCCCAUUUCGUCGUCGUUUCUCAGGAAUCUCACAGUCAGAGUCUUCUGCUACCGAAUUCUAAAAUCCUAGGCUUCCCACGCAUCAGCGGAGAUGAGCGUCGCGGCCUACAAGAUGAUGCACUGGCGGACGGGCAUCGAGAACUGCGCCUCGGAAUUCAUCUCCCACUCACUUGCCGGCUUCGUGUCUCGAAUGCAUCCGAUUCAGACCGACGAUAUGGAGUCCAACUGGCCGCCCACCCGCCGAGAAAUCGGCCCCAUUCCGGACCUCGUCGUCACCGCCGGAAACGUCCUCGAAGUGUACGUUGUCAGACUUCAGGAGGAAGAUGGCGCCAGAGGCUCUAGGGCUUCCGGAGAACCCAAGCGUGGUGGUCUCAUGGAUGGCGUCUCUGGGGCUUCCCUCGAACUCGUUUGCCAUUACAGUUGGAUUGCUGAAUGCACGUUGGUCUUAACCUUUGAAGAUGCAAAAAUCUCAGUUCUUGAGUUUGAUGAUUCAAUUCAUGGACUCCGUACUAGCUCCAUGCACUGUUUUGAGGGCCCAGAGUGGCUUCAUUUGAGAAGAGGCAGAGAGUCAUUUGCAAGAGGCCCAUUGGUUAAGGUUGAUCCCCAAGGCAGGUUCGGAGGCGUUCUUGUUUAUGGCUUUCAAAUGAUAAUUCUUAAAGCUGCGGAGGGUGGCUCUGGUUUGGUUGGGGACGAUGAUGGUUUUGGUUCCGGAGGUGCAAUUUCUGCUCGUGUUGAGUCGUCUUACAUUUUUAAUCUGGGAGACAUGGACAUGAAGCAUGUAAAGGAUUUUACAUUUGUACAUGAAUCUCCCACAUGAUUCCUACAAUCUGCUUGCUGUACCAUCUCCAAUUGGCGGUGUUCUCGUGAUUAGUGCAAAUUUUAAUCUAUUAUAAU